AUGCCGACAUCUUCUCCCAAUCCCAAUCCGCAGCCAUACUCCCUUUUCAACAACUCGCCACGCUGGCUAUGCUGCAAGACUCCUCCUAACGCAGUCGUUGAAUCUCCCUGCCUCCAAGGAAACGCAUUGAGUGAGAAAGGAUGUAAGAAAUGCCAGCAUCAGAAAUGUGAUCUGUGUUUGACGUUCGAUGGGCGAGAAGAUGGUGGAGAGAGCUAG